AUAUCAAUGGUAACUAGUUUUGUUCCCCCCACCAAAAACCACUGGUUUAGCAUCACUAUUGAAGCCUCCCUCUCUAUAUAUAAGUAACACAACACCUCUCCAUUUGCUUCAUCAAAAAUCUAACUUUCCAGUGCUUGAUUACCACGUUACACUAGUAUCAGUCAGUUAUUUUCUGUCAUCCAAACGAAACUUCAAAAGUAGAGUUGUGAUCAUGUAUAGAAGCAGUGCAAUAUGAGUUCAGCACAGAAAGCUUGGAUUGUGGCAACUAGUGUUGGAGUUGUGGAGGCCUUGAAGGACCAGGGCAUCUGCAGGUGGAACUAUGCUUUAAGAUCAGCUCAGAAACAAGUCAAAAGCCACGUUGGAUCUUUGUCACAGGCAAAGAAGCUUCCCUCUUCUGCUAUGGUUUCUACUUCUUGCGGAUUAAAGGGGCAGAAGCAGUCAGAGGAGUCCUUAAGGACUGUCAUGUACUUAAGCUGUUGGGAUCCCAAUUAGACCACUAAGUAGACAUAAAUUUUUUUUAUUUAAUUUGAAUCCACAAAGAUGAAUGA